AUGCAAACCAUUGGGUCUACUGCCAUGCGUCGCAUGGUUUCUCGAGCUACUCGAUUGACAACCGCGUUUGCCACCAAGAAUGCUGCUGUCGCUGCCCCUUCUUUAAGAGCAACUCGUCUUGGCCAGCCCCCUUUUAACGCUGCACGACUUUACGCCACCGACAAACAAAAGGUCGUUGCGUAUACCGUCGAUAAGUUUCCCGGCUAUAUUCGCAAUGAGGACUUUAAGACGUUGACAGAAGACGACGUUACCUAUUUUAAAUCAAUUGUUGGCGAGAACGGUCUUAUCUACGGUAACGAGGAUGAUCUAUUCGCGUUUAACACAGAUUGGAUGAACAAGUUCCGUGGCAAAUCGCAGUUGGUCUUGAAGCCCAAGACUACACAACAAGUAUCGGAUAUCCUUAAAUACUGCAAUGACCAAAAGAUUGCUGUUGUUCCUCAAGGUGGCAACACUGGCUUGGUAGGUGGUUCAGUGCCUGUGUUUGAUGAGGUUGUGCUCAACUUGCAGGGCAUGAACCGAAUUAGAGGCUUCGAUAGCGUCUCAGGCAUUUUGACAGCAGAUGCAGGCUGUGUGUUGGAAGUGCUUGACAACUGGCUUGCCGAGAAGGGCUACAUGAUGCCUUUGGAUUUGGGCGCUAAAGGAAGCUGUCAUAUUGGCGGUAACAUUGCUACAAAUGCUGGUGGCCUUCGUUUGCUCCGAUAUGGUUCGCUUCACGGUACCGUUCUCGGUCUCGAAGUUGUAUUGCCCGAUGGCACCAUUCUCGACAACAUGUCGACCUUGCGCAAAGACAACACUGGCUAUGAUUUGAAGCAACUCUUCAUCGGCUCGGAAGGCACCAUCGGUGUUAUUACCGGCGUGUCUAUUUUGACCCCGCACCGUUCCAAGGCUGUCAAUGUCGCGCUCCUUGGUUUGAACUCGUUUGAAGAUGUCCAGAAGGCGUUCAAGAAGUCUCGUAUCGAACUCUCCGAAAUCUUGUCUGCUUUCGAAUUCUGGGAUAGAAAUGCUCUUCAAAUGUUCAAGAAGCAUGCCACUCCCAAAGAAGUCAUGGAGAGCGAAUAUCCCUUCUAUGUCUUAAUUGAAACCAGUGGAUCAAACAAGGAUCACGAUGAUGAGAAAUUGACGACCUAUUUGGAAAACAUGAUGGAAGAUGGUGUGGCUCAGGAUGGUGUUGUUGCUCAGGACGAAACGCAGAUCCGCAACUUGUGGAGCUUGCGAGAAGGUUUUACUGAAGCUUUGGGCAAGGAACCUGCCGUGUACAAAUACGAUAUCUCAAUGCCUGUUCCCAAGAUCUACGAGUGUGUUGAGGACAUGCGCCAGCACUUGAGAGACGGUGGUGUGUUUGGUCAAGAAGAUUCACCAGUAACUGAUGUGGUCGCUUACGGUCACGUUGGUGAUGGAAACCUUCACUUGAACAUUGCUGCCCAGCGACUUGACAAGAAGACAUCGAGUCUCAUUGAACCUUAUCUGUUUGAAUGGGUUUCCAAUCAUCAAGGCUCGAUCAGUGCCGAACACGGUUUAGGCGUUGCCAAGAAUGAGUUCUUGGGCUAUUCCAAGUCUCCAGUCAUGAUUAAACUGAUGAAAUCCAUGAAGAACAUCUUGGAUCCCAACGGCAUCUUGAACCCUUACAAGUACCUGCCCUCAUCAUAA